GGACAACACAGUCAUCAGGGAACUGAUCGUGAAAAACUCGCUGAAACGUUUCAAUCAGGAAACCGACAUUCAAGGCCUCUGGGACAUCAACAAGUAGGUCACGUAAUGAACUUUGGGACAUAAUUAUGUCCUUAACGACAGCAGUGUUUGUCACGCAACACCAAAGCACAGUUGGAAAGUGCGUCAUAUGAAGACGGCAGAGCAGAGAAUGGCGGAGAGAAAAGCAAUGCCGUCCUUUAAGAACAAAAUCGCUUCUGAAGAUAAUAUCCGUAGCAGUUUACAAUCCAAACUUGUACAGAAUGGUCACGUCACGCUGCAGACGAACGCUUUUCAAAACAAGCGCAAAGUGGAGUUAUUUAUUGAGUGUACAGACCUCGUACAACUGGACACCUUCUCGAGAACAGACCCCAUGUGUGUGCUGUAUGCGAAAAGACUCGGGCAAUGGAUGGAAUACGGACGGACAGAAUCCAUACCAAACAUGUCUCAUCCAAAGUUUGUAGAAACAUUUAUCAUUGAGGCCAACUCUACGGUUUAUCCAAGGUUAAGGUUUUCAGUGUUCGACUUGGCCAACUUUACAUCCAAAGAUCUCCGUAAACACGAUUUUGUGGGCUCGAUUGAAAUCGAGCUCGACGCAUUGUUAGAAUCAAGUUGUGGUACGUUGAUAAGAACACUGAGAGUGCCAGGAGACGUCAAGUCACGUGGUUAUAUUCACAUUUACGUGGACGAUGUGAGAGAUGAUAAAACAAAUGUUAGACUUCAUUUUGGCGCCACAAAUCUGGAGAAGAAAGGCCUUUUAGGAAAAUGUGAUUCGUUUUUUGAGGUUAAUCGACUUCUUCCAAGGAGUAAUCAUCAUCACCCAGUUUAUAGAUCUGAAGUGGUUACAAGGACAGCGUGUCCCAAGUACGUAAAGAGCGUUACAAGAGGAACUACGCGCGUAAAGAACGCGACUCCACGCGCGUCUUCCCCGCGAGGGUUAACAUCAUUAAAAUUGACAUUUCCAUUAUUUGGUUCUCUCCACAGAGCAGUCAAACAAGUGGAUAUAGUGAAUCCAAAGAAGCAGAUUAAAAAUAAACGCUAUUCAAACUCUGGGAUUCUUCGUAUUCUACACUGCUACGUGGAUAAACAAUUUAGUCUUAUUGAUUACGUCAGAGGAAAUUGCAUCAUCAGAAUGGUAUGCGCCAUUGAUUUCACCAUUUCCAACGGUCCGCCUUUGACCCAGGAUUCCCUGCAUACGAUGGACGAGGAGAAGAAUGAGUAUUCUCAGACCUUGAAGUCAAUAGGGAAGGUUUUAUCAAGCUUCGAGAAAGAUAAGAAAAUUGCAGCGUAUGGAUUUGGAGCCCAGGCCUGCUCAACAGGAGCACUACCUUAUAUGUUUGCUCUUGAUAGUGAAACAGGAAAACCUGAGCUGGAGAAUGUAGAGGCUGUUGUUGACGCCUACUGGAAAAGACUGGAAGACGUCAAGUUGGGCGGACCCACCCAUCUUGCGCCCAUCAUCCAAGGGAUAGCGGCAUACGCCGAGAAAGAAGUAUCCCAGUGUUCUCAGCAUUACACAAUAGGACUUGUUAUUGUUGACGGCAUCGUCAAUGACGUAGACCAUUUGAUAGACGUGUUAGUUGAUGUGGAACGGUCGCCUCUCUCUAUAGUUGUUGUAGGCGUUGGGCCCGCAGACUUUAGAUUAAUGAAUGAACUUUUUUCAAGAAAUAGAAGACAGCUAAGAUCUAAAGGAGGAAAGACAGCGAGUCGCAUAAACACGGACUUUUUGUCUCUAAGAAGACACGCUGCAAAUCCAGGAGUCAAUGAUUCAAUGGCGCGAGAUGUAUUUGCAAACAUUUCACAACAAAUUGUGACAUUUUUCAAGUCCAAAGGGAUAGUUCCCAACCUUCCAACGAAAAUGAACGUUAUGGAACCAUUUGACGACUGUAAUAAUUUAUCCGACGCGUCAUCAAGACCUUCCUCACCACGCGUGCGUAAGAUUUCACCACACAUCGCUGCCAGAUGUCCGACUUGUGGCUCUGUGAUUGACCGCGACCCAUUCAACAUGCUCUCACUGUAGUAAAUUUUGACGAUCUUAAGGGCUUUUCAAAGAUGCCCCUGAAGAACUGAAGACGUUUAAUAAGACACGCUUAAAACCUUGAUUUCCUUCACGAUCUUUGUUCAUGGCGUUGUUAAGUGAUCAUUUCCUUUUCGUGGUACUCUACUCUGUCAAAAGGCCAGAUCCGCUCUAUUCAAGGCUCUUUUCAUUGUUCAAUCAUUGUUCUUGCUUUAAUUUAAUCCAAUUAAUAGGUUUUCAUCUUCUGUUUUUUAGAAAUUUCUUGUGCAAAAAAAAUUAUCUUUUAUUUUUAAAGUCGAUUUAAAAGCAAUAAAAUUUAAUUUAUUUAUUAAUUUAAUUCGCAAUAGCCUGAUAUACUAAAUUUUAAAUGAAUUAUCAGUUACUUACGUUACUGCGGAACGAGAUCAGACUUGGGGCGAGUUGUUAAAAGGGAGGAUAGCGCUAUCCAACGAAUAAACAGCCAUCCAGCGGAUAAGAGUUAUUAAAACGUACUAGAUAGAUGGAGAUUUAUCAGGUGAAUAGCGUUAUCCAUCCUUCGCACAGCCGGAGCCAGCUGCUUUUGACACCUAAAGGAAAAGUGACGGUAAUAACAUCGUCGUCAUCAUCAAAAUAAAAACAAUAGCGUGCCGCACUUUACUCACUAAAACUUUAGGUUAAAAAAAAAACAACAACAACAACAAUAACAAAGUUUUAUAACGUCUACUGGUAAUUCCAUACGUACUUGAAUAUCAAUUGACUUCUGGUAAAAAAAGUUCAAAACUUGCUGAAAAACUGUGUUACUACGAUUGUUUUAAGAUUUCCCAUCAGAAAUAGAAAACGGCAAAU